AAAAUAUAUAUACAUAUCUAUAUGUGUGUGUGUGUAUAUAUGUUAAAUUGACUAAAAGGAACUGCACUGUGUACAGUAUAUAGAACAGAAAAGGUUUUAAGAAUGCUGCAUCUUUGGAAAGUUCAAAUGUGCAUGAUUUGCAUGAAUAAUUUUUUUAAAACUUGUGCCUUUACUGCUACGCAAGAGAAUGUUGAUACAUUUUGUGCAUCACCAAAGUUUAGCACAUCUACUAAAAAGUAAUGCCGUUAUCAUAUUUUGUUAGCUUUGCUUUCUAAAUUUUCACUUCAUCUAAUAUUGUUUUAUUUUAAAUUUCUGUGGCCUCUCAUUAGUGGAUAAAGGUAAGCUGCCAGAAGCUGUUGUUAAAAAGCUGACAGUGUUAAAGCAGCUUCAACUUCAACUUGUUUUCAUUAGAUUCUGAUCUGAAAAAGCGCAUAUUGUGAUAUCACUUUGACUUCUGUGCAUGAUAUAAACUUAGUUGUUCUCACUAUUGGUAGUAAAAAAGUAUGAGCAUUCAAUCUUUUAUUUGCUAAUUUUAAGAAAUAUGAUUAUAGAUUCCUUUGCUUGAUCAUCCACAUUCUAGAUAUGCUAUUUCUUCAGGAAUUUUUGUUUAUUUUCUAGAAAUAAGGAAGGCAACAGUUCUUUUCUUCCCGGUUUUAAUGUUAGAUCAUUAAAAAGUGAAAUUUCUGCAGCUAGUUUAAUAAAUAUGUUAUGAAUGGACCAUAUAUAGAGAAAUAUAUAUGGACCAUAUAAAGAGAAAAUCCCAGUGCAUAUUUACAUAUGGCUGUUACACUAAAACAGUGUUUUUAGCAAGUGAUAAUUGGGUAUAAAAACAGGCCACAUCCCUCAUUGCAGAGUAAUAGAGUCUAUCUCACAAUAAAACCAUUUUUCCAUGUAACCCUACAUUGAUUUAUAUACUGACAUUUUGGGGUUUUUUUUCUGGCAUGGACUCAUAUGAAGGCCAACUGAAAGGAAUCAAAGCCUUGUGCCCACUUUUUUUCCCAUGGAAGUUAAUGCUUUCUGGGGCAGAUGGACCCCAUCUGUCCUUUAGUGAAUCAAGUUGCAUAGCUUCAGUGGGAGUUCUUAACAACAAAGGAGUGCUGAAGUGGUUACUGUCUUCUCUGUGGUAUAAUAACCAAAUGAGGACCAAACGGAAUCAGUCUGGUUAUUUAGCUUCAACAGAUCUCAGAAAAAUUGAUUUUUCUGUGCCAGGAAGUUUAGGAGUUUGACUAAAGGUUUCAACAUUUUGUGAAUGCUCCGUAAUUUUUCUCCCAGGAUUAACAUGUCAAAUAUUAUUUCUGGAGCCACUUUUUGUGUCUGAGUAUUUUGAUUUGUUUUCCCUUCAGGGAGUGCUAAGAGCUUGUAAAACUUUGCUGGCUUAUCAGCAAACCUUCCCAAGGGGACAGAAAUACUUGGGUACCAUUUUUCCCCCCUUCAUUAUCCUCUUCUGCAAAUCAAUUUCAAACUGAGGAUAUUCUUCUAUUUCUCUUACUUUUCCAUCUUAUAUACUAGGUACUGUUCUUACAGCAGAGAGAAGCAGCACUCUUUUCUAGGGGAAAAUAGCUUAUAAUUCAGUAACGGCACUUCUGCAGUGAAGACACAUCAUAUUUUAGCUUUCUCACCCCCUAUUGAGGUUAUAGUACUUGAUCUGCUAUUUGUUCUCAUCAGCUGGCAGAAACCAAUGCAACUCUUGUGACUAGAAGCCAUGGGACUUAUUUGAAUCUUUAAGCAUGUUUCCCAUCCAUAUCUUUAUCAAGAUGGGGCAAAUAUUACAGUGACAAGACUUCACUAUUCUGAAGAAUAGUCCCAAACCACAUUCCAGAAGUCUAUAUCCCCUAAUAAAGCUGUAGGAAUACUAGACCAUGGCAGAAAUUUGUCUUCUUCCUAAGCAAGACUGUAGAAACCAGUUGUGUGAUACUCUGAACAUUUGCCACCCUAGCAAACAAUACAACUGCUGUUAUAAAUAACAUCUGUGGUUACCUAUUUCAAUAUUUGUCCUGUAAAAGGGCUGUUACCAGAAGGAACAAGAAUUCUUAAAUUGCACAACAACCGAACAAGCUUCCAAAGAGAAAAUAUUCUCCCUGUCAUCAGAGUUGUCUUCUGACAUAAAACACAGAUUGUAUGUGUGUAUUUAUAUAUAAUUUAUAUAUCUUUAUAUGUAUAUGUGUAUAUAUUGGACAUCUGUAUGAACUAUGAGAACACCCACAUUUUUAUAUCCAUUAAACUAUCUAAUGAAUAAGCAGUUGUUUCAUAACAUAUAUGUGCAAACUAAAUAGGAAGUAUGUACAGAUGAACACUGUGGAUGUUCUCAUCAAUAUAUAUGUGUAAUCUUUUUUUUCUGAACUGAAGAAGCUCAUAGUCUCAAUAAUGUCUCGUGGCAAAGGAUUCCGCAGGCUAAUUAUGUGCUGUGUACAAAUGUAUUUCCUUUUUAUUGGUUUUAAAUGUGAUGCCUUUAAUUUUAUUGAAUGUCCCUUGUUAUGUAAUAGAAGAAAAAGAUAAAUAGAAAUUUCCCAUUUGUUUUCCCCUAGAGUAUAUAUUUUUGUAAUUUCUCCUAGCUAAGCUAAACAUCAUCAUUUUUAAAAAAAAUUAUACAUCUUGCAGUCUUUACAAUCACUUCCUUUGCCUGGAUCUGAACUCUGCAUACAGUUUUUAUUGACAUGUUUUUAGCUACUCUCUUCUCCAUAAUACUGAGCAGAUAUAUCAGUUGUUCUCUUUCAAAUGAGUUAAUCCAAAAUAUGACAGGUAACGUGUGGUAACAAUUCCUUUCCACUUCAGUCUGCAAAGAUCUGAAAAUGCCCAGUUACCAUAGUUUGAAAACUCUGGUAUCAAUAAGUUGCCCCAAUUACUGUUUUUAAAAAGAAAAUUAGAAAAAAAUAUUGUACACGUAUCCCUAAUAUCUGCAGGGGAAAAAAUUCUUCAAGUAUAAACCCUGAUAAACUGUGCUUUUGCCAAGCUGUUUAUCUGCUGUGGUUUGAUAGAUAAUGCAUAGUAGAGGCUGGCAGGGAGAGACUAACUUCUUAGAUGGAAGAAAAAUGUUUAUGCUCAAAGUGACAGACAAGGAUUUAGCAUAUAAAAAUUACCUUCAGAAUUGAUUCACAGUUCAUUCCCUUUCUGUUUCCAAGCUUCAGUACGGAAGAAGAAGGGUAAGGGGAAGCAUUUUGUCUCUUGUUUAACCUGUUUCUCACCUUUCCAUAGUGAAGGAUAAUAACAUAAUGUAAAUGUUGGCAUAUGGUCCAGUUUAUUUUAUGGUGUCAAAUGUACAUUAAUUAUUGUAUAUGUUUUUUAGUUAUUUAGUUAAUAAAUUGCAAACACACUAAGAACUCAAACAGAAGACUACAUUUGAAAAUAUACCCCACAUUUCUUCCUUUUGUCUCCUUUCCUUCAUCUUGCCUUUUUUUCCUUCUUUGUAUCCAACUCUUUUCCAAACCCUUCCAUAUCAUCUCCUCACAGUUACUGUGCUAACUGGCAGCCACAGAGAACAUGUGGCCAGUAACAUAUCCUCAGUGUAGUCCUACGUUAGUGAUUUUGCUUGUCUUUUUAAUGGCCAAAUGUUACUCCCAUAACCACACUGUCUCUGUCUCAGGAAAUAGGGAUCUUGCACACAACACUUGAACUUUUGACCUGGAGAAAUGCUGCUCCGCACAAUUUUAAGUUUUCAAUAUACCAUCUUCCACACUGUCCCGUAUGCAUGGAGUGCCCUCCCUGAACUGAUUCAUAAGGCCACUACCUUCUCCUUGAAAUCUCUCCUAAAGACCCACUUCCCCUGUGAUCCCUAUUAAACAAUCAUCUAGGUAAUGAUGGCUAGGCAGAGGGGCAGGUAGAAAUAGUGGUGCUAUUUUAGUAGGGUUUAUAAAUGUUAAUGUAUAUAUAUGUAUACAAAGUUUGUUUGUGUUUAGCUGUAUUUUUCCAUACUUCUGUAUGUCAUUUUGCUUUCUUAGAUUGUAAGCUCUCCUGAGCAGGGACUGUGUCAUUUACACGUUUUCAUGACGUCUAGCCCAAGGAAGAGUCUCGAACCUCCCUGAGCCCCUGGGUGAUAGCUGGUAAACCAGUCUGCAUCUUGCUUUUCGACAAAGUUCAGUGUCAUGGAAAGGAAAGCUAGGCUGUAGGCAGUGUCUUCUCUUGACAGGGAAGCUUUUGCUUUUUAACAUUAAAGAAGACAAAAUUGGGUUAUAUUCCACUCUAUUUUUCUGCUCUUUCCUGACCUGCUUUCAGGUCGCUAACAGAGGUUCCAGCUGGUGAUAUUUUUUGUUCUCCAUUCAGAGAAUAUGACAGAAUAAACCCAAUUGCUACUGGUAUUUUUCUGAAAAAGACAAUUUGGCAGCAUAUAAAAAAUCUUCAUGUUGUUAUUGUAGGGUCUUCUGUUAACAAAAAUUCAGUUUUCUGGGUCAUAGGUGAGGGAGGCAUUGAGAUGAGAAUGAUGGCUUUUGUGGUUCUGUUUGACUGGGGGGUUUGGUUGUCAUUUGAGAGGGGUUCUGCUUCAUUGGGAGGAUAGGAGAAGGGAAGGACAUAGGUUGUAUUUUUUUAUAUUUAGGCUAGAAGAGACAACGUUUGUGUCUAAAGAGAUAGGUAGUAAAAUCUUCAGGUUCACAGCAGUAUGGCAUGGGCAGUAUUAUCAUUUUACUGAAGUUAUGAAUAGCAGGAAUUACUAAAAUGUAACCUGUACAUCAUCUGGACCACUGACUUUCUGCUUACAGUAGUUGCCUGACUCAGAGAGAUAGCAUCCAACUUCAAAAUGGAUGUUUGGAAGGAACGUGUUUUCAACAGUGAAACUGCUUUCUGGAUUUUGUGGGACAUCUGGGAGGGGGAAGAGGCAUUAUUUUUAAUUUUUUUGUGUGUGUGACUUGUAGGUUUCCAAGAAUUGUUGAAUGAGUAAGUUAUGGCAACAUGUAAACUAACGGUUAGUUGUAGCAGCAAUUUUUUGGAGGCACUACUUAAAGUAUAAUUCCAGGUUAUGCAUAGCUAGCCCAUUAAUACUGAAGAAUAACCAAAAUAUUCAUGCAGCAAAUUAAAACCAAGAUUUGAAAAUCCUCUAAGAAUAAAACAUAAAAAGAAAAAAUUUUGGUUAUAGUUUUCAUCAUCACUACAGAAAAUAGGUAUCAUUAGAGUUUCAAAACUAGUAUUUUAAAAUAAUAGAUUUAACUCUAUUCAUAAAAAGUUUGUGUGGCUCAUGAAAACCUUGUUUUUAAAGGCUUUUUCCUUCAUUUUUUGUUUCAACUUACCUAUCAAUAACUUUUUGUGGAUGGAGUAUUUUAAAAUUAUAUGCUACUUAAGGAACACAUCCAUGAAUUAACAUCUGUAAAUAGCUAGAUACAUGAUUUAAAAGUUUCAUGCUCCUAAGCUUUUUUUACUGCCAGGAAAUGGGUUUGAUUUAGUGAGCAAUUUGGGAUUUUCAGGAAAGCUAAAGUGGAUAGUGUUUAAUUUUAAAAACCUAAUAGAAAAAUCCUCUAAAAGAAAGUACAAAAUGGAGAACAGAGCAGGCUAAAUUUUCAUAGUGAAAUGGGGAUGACAACACAAAUAAUUCUUCUGCAUCAAUAAGUACUACUUUGACAGUGUCACACAAUUGUCAGUUGUGAGCUAGGGGUGGUGGUUUGUUUGAUUUGACAUGGUAAUCAAUAUAAAAGAAUCCCUCUAUAUGUGUUGAUACUGACCUUUGAGCUGUGAUGUGGGCUACAGUAACAAAUACAAACAUAGGGUUUUCCUCCUUUGAAGAGUCUAGAUGCUAAUACCACCUCAGAUACAGAAUAACUGUGAUAUCAACACAGAACAUCGUUACCUGGCAUCAAGUCUUAGCAGCAUUUGAAUGGAAAAAUAUCAGUUGAUGGCAUUCAAAAGAAAUAUUAUUAGCUCUGUCUGCAAUAAGCAUUCACACUUCAUCCCAUUCCUGUUGUCCAUUGUUUCAAAGGUGGCACGUUCUAAUGGCAUCUGAAACAAUGAAAUUGCAGAGCAAAUACAUAUACAUGAAUGCCAAACAGCGGAUUAGCUUACAGUGUUAUUUUAUGUUUGAAGAAACCACUCACAAAGACGUCUGGGUUCAAAAAUAAUAUUUUUAUUUCGCUUUGGUGGAGUUGAUGAUGGAGAUUUGUCUGCAGGAAACAAUGGAAAUACCAUCAAAGCAACUUUUACAACACUCACUGCAUCGACUCCUUUGAUAGUUUCCAGCAUCUCCAGUGCUUCUGUGUAGGAAGAAGGUUUUCUGAUCUUCACCAGACACUGUAUUUUAGAAGAUGAGAGCAAAAGACAUCAGGCUUAAUGAAGAAUUCUUGAAGGGUAUCCUUGUAAGUAAUUGAUUUGCAUUACGUAUUUGAAAUUCUAAUGAGAUAGCAAUAUAAUAAUAAGAUCAAGUUUGUCAUCAGAUGGUCAUUUUUCAUGAGCAUAAAGCAGUGACUCUGGGUGGAAGUUCUGAAGUGUAUGUGUGAAAAAAUACGGGCCCCAUUUUUUGUUGCUGUAGCAAGGUUUCAAGUUUUAUGACUUGUAGUCUUAACUUGUAGGGAGUCCGCAGCAGUGUAAGAAGGUAUAGGGUGAGGACCAUGCCUACGACAUAUGUGCUUUUAAAACACUUUGUAAGAGAAAAGUAUUGAAAAUCAGCACAUUUCUAGGAGAACAAUGCUAACCCUGUUUUCCACUGAAAAGAAGCAUUGGCACCUAGCUGGCAAUGUGCUGAUGGCACAGAAUCUUAAAUUAACAGGUAACUCAGUACUGAACACUUCCUCAAACCAGGGUUUGUCUUGUGUCAGGUGGGCAGCUUGAACUAACAUUCUGAAAACACUGGGAAUCCUGAGCAGAGGUCAGCCGAGUCUCUGUGUGGGUGUUCUCAUGUACACUAGUAUUAUUUUGGAUUUAUCAGCUUAUUCUUGAGUGUGUAGCGCCCUUUCAUGACACUUGUUUUUCUUUACUACAGGACAGUAAUUGAAAAGGUUUUCAAAACCUUUCUGCAUCAGCCAAACAAGACAAUGGUAUAAAAGAAGUUGGAAAAGGAAUUGUAAGUGUUAAAGAACAUGUGGGUUUUGUAGCAUUUGGAAACAGACAAAUUAAAUAUGUUGGUAUAUGUGAGUGUCACUUGCGCAGAUAUUAUUAAUUGAAUAUCUAACCACAUACUCAAAAUCAUGAGUGUUUGAGGAACAGUAAAAGUUGCAUGUGUUUUCCAACAUGGCACAGUUAGGGCAGUGGAAAACUUUUUCAGCACUUUUAAUGUAUUCUCUCUCUUUUUCAGGAGCCAGGGAGAUGAAGGACUUAUCUCCCUCAUCUCAAAACUCCCUUUGCUGCUAUUUCUCUUUUUUUUUCUUCAAAUGUUGAUAUACCCAUGUUAAUUCAUUUCUAAUAUAAUUAAAAAUAAAUGUUUUUAGAUAAUUCAUCAUAGUUUGUUUGGUUUUUCCCCUCGGUGUUGAAGUGUGAAGAGUUAAGUGUAAGAACCGAGAAGGCUGCAAGUGUCUUAGGUCCUCCACCUUUCUUUUUGGUUUCUUUCUGUUGAUUGUCUUUCUUUUGUGACUAGGCCAAAUUUUCAAAUGCUGUCUCUUAAACAGAACAUCAAAUUGCCACUUAAAUUCCACCUGGCUUGCAGGGCAGGAGUGGGUAUUGACUAUAUUCUCUGCUUUGUUUUUGUUCUUAAACAGAAACCACUGUUAGACAAUGACCAUUCCUCUUUCAAGGGAAGGCGAUGGAACAAAAUAUGUGCAUAUGCAGUACCUGACAUUAAGGGCUAUGUGCCUAGACCUGUUGACAGCAAGGAAGAAUGAAUGUCCUGUGUUCCCAUCACUUUUCAAAAGGAAAAAUACAUGUGCCAAAUAUUUGACUGUGGUUGACUGCAGAUGCUAGAAAAGGUGGGUGAUACUACAGCAUAUAGGUGCAAUUGGCAUUGUAUGAAGUUUUGCAUAACUGAUUGCGCCUGGUACAGUUUCUGUCUGUAUCUAUCUUAGGUAUUUACAAGGCAUCUAUCACCUUGGUACCUAAGCAGUUUGAAAAAUGCACCCACCCCAGGAGGCAUGAUGCAGAUACAGGCAGAGGCCCAGGUCCAGAGCAGCAGAGGCAGGUCCCAGGAAGCUCCCCAACUGUGUUACCGCUGUUGUUGAGCUCCUGGCCCACUUGUUGUGGCCAAGGAACAUCUCCACCUACCUGUCAGCAGGAAGACGGUACCCCACCCCUCACGUCCAGCUCCACUGGUGGGGAAGCUGAAAAGCAAAGAUAAUGGAAAAGGCAACGAUCCAGUAGCAGAGGUGAAACAGAAAUGGUGGGAUUUCAAAAGGAGGGAUUCUUAAAGAGCAGCACAUCUCAGGGGAGGGAUCAGCUGCCAGUCCAAGUGGCAGAUGUCACUGGGGAACAAGAUGGGGAGGUUCCUGGAUCCUCGGGGCAAGCUGGCCAUCACCGAGGGAGCUCGCUGUCCACGCCGGCUGAAGAACAGGAAUCCUCGGUGCCUGCCUCUGACGAAGACUCGCCGGCCAGGACCACAGAGAGCUGGCAGUGGCCGUUGUCCUCGUCUGAAACGCACAGCAACGUUGGGGAGGAUUUUGAGGGAUUUCAAACACCAGCGCGGACUCCGGAGUGUACCAUGGACAUACAGUCUCCCGGGGAUCAGUCACUCAGUAGGACUCCUCAGUUUGAAAGUGACUCUCCUGAGGAGGAGGGAAAUGAUGAAAUGAAUGAAGAGCGCUGCGGUGUUGAGCCUGUCCCUAGGGAUCGGGGUUGGAGAGGGCAGCCCCAGCUAACAGAGGGAGAGAAGCUGUUGAUGGAAACCAACAGUAGGAUUGUGCAGCUGCUGGAAAAUAUCAAGAGGGAGCAUGCACAGUCCAUGGGUCUCAUGUCACAGUCCAUGGGCCGUAUGGAGCUGCAGCUGGGCAUUGUGGCUACCUCCACAAGAGCCAUCCAUAACUACCUGUCAGAGAUUUUAGCUUUCCUCAAGCAGCCAAGGACGCAGGUCCUUGAAACACGCAUCUCCCAAAGAGCCACCCCCCAUGUUGAGUUAACUUGUGCCUCAACAUGGACUGGUGAGGACGCAGUGGCAUCCUCCACUGUGUGCUUACCAGGGGCCGAAGGGAUGAGCGACUCUCGAGAACCACCACAGGCCACGCUGCCUUGUCGCAGUGGCCGGCUGCAGAGAGCCAUAACCGAGAGGGCCUCGUUGCCCAUGCCUACACGCCAGGCAAAAGGGGGAGGGAAGAAAAAAUAACCACACCAUAGGAUUUUUAGGGUUUUUUUUAAUGUGCCUGUCCUUUUAAUUCUUAGCCAUAAGGCCAUCAGUGGCAGAAUUCAACCAUUUCCUACAUUGGCUAACAUUGUAUCCUGGCUGACUAGAUUAGUCUAACAUUUUGUAGUUUUUAUUUGCGCUGUUAACGAUUUGUGCUGCUGGUAUUUGAAGAACAUUUGCCUCUGUUCUUUCACUUUAACUUCAUACGAGCAUUUUUUUACUCUGUGCCAGGCAUUCAUUGCUUUUCUUACAAAUACAAGUCAUUUCUUGAGGCAGCUGUUUUUUGAGUUUUCUUUCUCCAUUAUCCCAUCCCCUCUGAGCAAGCAUUCUGGACUUGGUGGUAAGUAUACAGGUCUUGGCAAUACUCGCCUCCAAAACUGUGUUCGAUCAGUCUUUGCCUGGUGUUUCUGGCAUGCCAGCCUGAGGUGUUGGGGUUAGCCUGUACCGGAUCAUGAUCAUUCUUAUCCUCUGUGGGUCUGACAAGCUCACUUUCUAAGACCCUCGGUGGAGCUAAUCCACAUGUCUUGGCUAUGUCGUACAAUAAGUAAUGUUGCCAGGAUCAUACCUCAUAUUUAUCUUUUGGGGCCUGUAUAGUGAUGUGCCACCAGAUCUAUCUAGGCACCUUACUCUCAUUUUCAAAGUUCCUUUUACGAUGGAUCUGGUGGUUUGAUGGGCAGCAUUAUAAUUUUUCCUCUGAGAGAGUCUGGGGAUUUGAAACAGGAGUCACUAAGCAAUGUGUUCUACGGGGAUAAGAGCCAUCUCCUGCAACAAAUCCAUUAGGAGGAGACUGUCCCCUGUAAUUAUCACAGAUAUUAAUGAUUUAAGAAAAAGAAAAAAGAAAAAAAAAAAAAAAAGCAACUUGCCUAGCAGCCAGACCUCUUGAGAAUGUAAAAGUCAUGACAUGCUGUUGGGUACUGUGAUACUAUGUCUGUGAUUAAGAGCUUUUCAUCAGAGACAACCUACAUGUUGAUAAAAUGCAACUACUUUCUGUGCCUUUAGGCCAUCUAAUUCCUGAGGGCUGGCACCCUGAGCAGAGCAUGGGUCCGACUGGUAACCCACAGGGCGGAUGGAAACGCACUUUUGCAAUAAAUUAUUUUAUAUCUGUUGGUGCUGCCUCUCUCGGGGGAAUUUAAUAUAGUGGCACUCAAAUUGCUAUAUGCAUGCUGAGGCAUCAGACUGGCUUAUACAUGUGGUAUCCCUGACAGUUCUCCAAAAGGAUGCUGUUACCAGGAGCCCCUUGAGCAGUGGUAACGGAUUAUCACAGGUGUAGCAUGGCUCCUGUGUUUGACUCUCAACAUGCCGUUGUAACUUCUCGUAAAGGUUCAGAAGAGUUUAUAUGGCAAUGCAGUGAUGAAUUCCUCCUCUGGCAAAUACUAGAGAAUAAUUGUAGGCCUAAAAAUCCUCUUCUGUGAUUACAGUUGAGCUGCGCUCUCUGUCCAUUGAGCCAUAGACUCUUCUUCCCUGUCUUUCUGCGAGACUGAAUUUAUUCAAAAUAAAGCAGAUAAUAUUUUGUUAUUCAACCAUUCAGCCACAAAUUGCUCCCUUAUAAGUGUGUGUGCGUGCGUGCUUGUGGCUGUACUUUGCUAAGUGACCGGUUUAAUGACGAAAUGCAGCUGGCAUGGCCAACCUCCAAUGCAGGUUUUUUCCACUACAGAAUAUUUCUUCCCUUCCACCUACAUCCCGCUGCGUUCCUUUUAAGAACGCCAUUGGAGGUGUGCUUCUUUGGCCACACUGUUGACACACCUCACACCAGGUGCAAAUUUUUGCACCCAUUCUGUGGCUUUUUUCUAUCUCUUUUGUUAAAACUGUUUGUAAAAGUAUCCUCAGACAAUGUCCAACACAAGCUUGUAAGAUUCCCCUCUCAUUGGUACAAGAAAUGCGUGCUGCAGAGUAUUUAAGAUCACAAGGAGGUUGGGAGAGAAACCGAUUAGUAAGCCUGACAAAUUAUUCCAGUACGUGCGGCCUUUGCAACAUGUGUUUCUCAUGCGUACAUGGUUUGCACACUGGUACUGUAGAUGUGAGCAGCCUAGUUAAAGGCAAAUGAAAGUUGGUCCCAGUAUGCUUACGUCUUAUUUCUUUGGGAUGAGUUUGAAUGAAGCUAAAUAUACUUCAGCCAGUUAAUUUUCUUGGCCUAAUAAGCACAUUUGAUAAUACAGUGAGAAUGUUUUUAUUUUACAUAGUGUUUUCACUUCAGAAGUGUGGUGCAGUUGCGGCCAGAUGUUCAGAUUUUGACGUAUUCUGCAGGACCCGCCAUGUAGCUGCUGCCAUUUAGAAUCUAUCUCGUUCCACGUGCUGGCUGCUUCUGUAGCUUCACAUUUUUUGUUGUAGUUUUCAAAUGACAACCUCCACUCUACCUUUGCUUUCUCAUCAAAAGCAGUAGAGCAAAAGAAGAAGCUGCGCAAAUGUAGUAGUGCUGCCAUUGGAAAUACUGUGCGAGGAAUCCCUAAAGAGUUCCUUGCAAAGCAGCUUAAGCUUUAACCUGCUCUCCUCUCCCAUUUCUAAGUGCUUUAGCUAGACUUGGUAAGGCACAAAGCACCACUUGAAUGGGAGCAGCUAUAGGGUGAGAAGGACUGAGAACCUGUCUACAGACAAGAAACCUGCAAUAAACUUACACAAAAAAAAGUUUCUUCCAACUGGAAAUAGUAGAUGGUAUUAAGAAUUGGUACCAACUGAUAUUUUGGUCAGAUCCAAAAUUAGGAUCUGACUUCCAGUAUUGUCUAGCAAAAUCAGUGCAGUUGGAGGGUAUGUAUGUUUCAUCCCCAAACAAAUAUUUUCAUGCUUUUCAAGUGUCUGUCAUAGCCUCAUCACUCUUUCCCUGUAGCUUUUUGUUGUCUGAACGGGUAUAUGGUUACAUGUGUCUGUUAAAAAUAAAGGGGAUCAGUUCUUACAUGGUAUAUUUAUAUUUCUUAUUUACAGAUUUUGAGUACCUAGUGCUUCAGUUUCCAAAACUUCCUUCUUUCUGCAUCCCAAAGACCAGUUGUUUGGCUUCUGGGAUGAUAAAAAGGGUGGGAGAGACUUAACAGGAAAUCUCUGCCCAGUUGAAGCUCUUGGUGAUAGAUCCCCUGAGUAUGAUUCUACAGUCUAGCCGUAUUUUUGCUGUGUAGGUCAAAUGUUCGUGGUUAUACCAUUGCUUUCCAAUGCCUUUUGCUGAGCAGAAGUGCAGACAUUCUUCUUUCAGAAGUUCACAGUUUGUAUUACAAAGUCUUAUGAAAUGUGACUUGAAGUUUGUUUUAUUUUUGAAUAUAUGUGAUGAUUUUAAGAAUUUUUUUCCUUUUCUCCUUCCACUGGAUGAUUUAAAACCCAC